AUAUAAAUGUCAAUUUUUUAAAUUACAAAGUUUUAAUGAAGCAUCUUAGGUAUUUUUUUAUUAUCAUUUUACUCGACAAUGUCAAUUCAUGGAGUUCUUAUCGGAAAAAUGGAAAUUACAAUAAUGUAAAUGGCUGUUCAUUUAAGAAAUGUAAAAAAGAUGAAUUUUGUGUGAUUAAAAAAUUUUGGUGUAAAAAUGAACCAUGUCCAUACAUGUUAUAUUGUGCUAAAUCUCAACAAGAAUCUUUAAAAGGUCCAGCAUCUUGUGAUUCAGUAACAUGUAGUAAAGGUCAUAUUUGUUCUUUAAAAAUUCGUCAAUGUACAUGGGGCAAACCAUGUCAAGAACAAUAUGCAAGAUGUAUUACUGAUUACGAAUUUUAUGAAGGGCCAGCAUCAUGUGCUGGUUAUAAAUGUUCAAGUUCAGGUAACACAUGUAUCCUUCGUGAAUCACUUUGUCCAAGACCUCCAUGUAGACUUUUAAAAAGUUGUUCCCCAAAACGAGAUGUUCAUGCAUGGUUGGAUCAUUGUAAUUCUCUUGAUUGUCUAUCUGAACACGAGUGUUUUAUGCGAAAACCAGAUGAAAAUUGUCAAGCACCAUUUUGCAAACACAAACCAGAUUGUAUUAUUAAAAAUGAAAAUGAACUUAUUGCAAAUGAAAAAUGUCGUGGAUGGAUAUGUCCAAAAAAUCAACAGUGUGUUACACAAGUUGUUGGACCAUGUCAAAAUGAUAAUUGUAAAAUUAUACGAUCAUGUGUUAGUGAUGUUGCCACUGAUAAUGAACCUAUUACAAAGGACUGGAAUACUGAGUCAUCAAGACGUGGAAGUAAUUUACCAGAAAAUAAUCAUCAAGAUUUUGAUUUAGAUGAUAAACAAACUCUUAUAUUAUUUCUUGAAAAAUUAAAUGAAGAAAGAAACUCGUAUUUAAAUAUAAUUAAUCAGACUCAAAAGCUAAUAUCUGAAAGUCAAUCAGUUCCUGUAAAUAUUCCUCAACUUGAUCUAGUUUUAGAAAAUCAUACUGAUAAAAUAAUUACAACAAGUACUGUUAAAAGUCUUUACAAUGAUUUAUUACCACAUUUACGAUUGAUACCUCCCAACGAACGAGAGAUGAUCAAUCAAAAUGAUAAAGAAAAAUCUGAUAAAAUAGUGAAAUUUUCAGAUAAUGAUGAAGUUACAUUUAUUCAAGAUGACAAUCACAAUUUAACAUAUCCAAAAAUUUAUAUCAAAGUAGAAAACAACAUGAAUUCACCAAUAAAACUUGGUAAUGUCAGAAUGAAAUAUCAUAAUGCUGAUGAUGAUGAUGAUAAUUAUGACGACAAUGAUGAUGAUAAUAAUGGUGGUAAUUAUCAUGAUUUAACUAAUCAUCAUGUUGAAGAUAAAAACAAUCCAAGUACUGUCGAAAUCCAACGAAAAAAUAAUUCACCAUUAGUAAUAACAACAAAAGAAAAUUCAUCAGUUUUUAGAAAUAAUAAUGUUGAGAUAAAACCUUGGAAAAAAUUAAGAAUUAAAGGAAAAAUAGGCUCGUUGUUAAAUAUUAAACCAGAUUAUUUUAAACGUUUUCCAAAUCUUGAAGUGUUUGAUAUUCACACUGGUAAAAUAUCACUAAAACCAAAUUUAUUUCAAGCAGUUAAUAAAACAAUAAAAAAAUUAUAUCUGACAAUAAAUGAUAACAGUGAUAGUCUUAAGAAUGCAUUUGCAAAACUUGAUUUACUAGAUUAUCUUGAGAUUUAUAAUAGCAGUUUGGAGUAUAUAAAACAUGAUACAUUUGAUAAUAUUACAAAUGGUCUUGUUGAUUUAAAAUUACCACUAAAAACAAUGAAUCAUUUAUUGGUCAAUUAA